AUGGCGCAAGCACCGCGUCCCACCUUCAUCAACCUCCCUCCUCCCACCUCCAACCCGGAUACCCCAUCUGAGAUGCCCGGCACCCCCACGAGCGCUACGACCUCCCUCUCUGCCCUCUCGACCACCGCUAUUAAAGAUGGUCACCGAGGCCACUUCCCCCAGGGUCCCGCUGGCGUCCGCGGCCACGCCCAUCAUCCCUCUACAACCAGCCUCGAGGCUGAGCGCGCCGACAGAAUCUCCCGUCUCGCCGGUCUAGAGCGAGUCUCGACUCUGCGUGCCCCGCCGCACCAGCAGAAUGCCGGCUCCUCAAUCUCUCCUCAGACGACCCCCACCUCCACCGGCUUCCCUGCCAACUACCCGCCCAACACGCACCUCACGCCCGCAUACUUCGAUGCCCAAGGCCAGCCUACCGCUGUUACUAAGAUGAGCACUGUCGGUACCGCUAGCGCAACCGAGAGCUAUGUCGGCGACGACAACGAGACGCGUACCGCACCUGGCGAGCAGGACGAGGAUAUGUUCAGCAUGGAUACCAACUACCGUGAGGCCGACUCGGUCACCAGCAUGGGCGCCGAGCCUGAGCGCAUGGACGAGGACCACACGGCGGGGUCCACCGCAGGCUACGAUGACCGUAUGAGCGACGACGGAUCUGCUAGCCUUGUUGGCUUUGGUGAGGGCGCCAAUAGUACUGUGUCUGGUCCCAUUUACCAGCGUCGCCCCAUUCCUGGAGUUGCUGGUCAGGCCGGUAUUUGGGGUCUGGAGCGAAGUGCCUCGGGGCUCAGUGAUGGCAUGCCGACACAGCGAGCCCGCGACAUCACAAUGGGCGGUGAUACUCCCACCAGCGCGGCCGCAAUGCAGGAACGACGGGAUGCGCGGAUGAUGGAUGGUACGACCAAUGAUGGCGCCGGUGUACCCAGCGACGAAAUGUACGUCGACACCACCAACAAGCCACCUGUCCCUGCUUCCCAGCUCCCCCAACAAUCUUCACAAGCUAACCCCGCCACGACGCCGACAGCUCGUGAUACCGCAGAGCGUCUUCUCAGGGAGCGACUUGAUGGGGGCGAGGCGCGCGUAGGUAACACCGCGCUUGGUAGCCCCCAGGGUGGUGGUGAUAAGCUCGGCAAGUUCUACUUUGAAGAGCGGAAAUAAGGCACCCCAAUUUCUUUCCUCAUUUGACCAAGUAGGCGGAGAAGAGGUAUGCGGAUGAUUAUAUACGGUUCAUGACGUUGGGAAAUAACUUCGGAAGAAAAACUGCGGGCUAGAGUCUUCGCCUGC